GGCAUGAGAAGCUUCUGGAAAUACACGGGCAUGGAAUAGUUUAUUUAUGCGCCCUGAUACUGUUGUCGAAUACAUUGCACGGAGAAGUGGUGUCAGUAAAAGUGAACUACUAGAUAGAGAAAAUGAUGAUCUUGCUGUGAGAAUAGCAAUGGGAGAGACUCAAGUGAUUGCUGAGACAAAAAAAAGCUCUCGCAGGUGCUGGGGUUAAUAUUUCCUCUUUAGAGAAGUUUGCUGAUGGUAAAACUGAUGGUCUUAAAAGAAGCAACCAUGUUAUAUAAGUGAAGAAUUUACCUUAUGGUUCAUCUCAAAGUGAAUUAUCAAAUAUGUUUGGGAAAUUUGGCAGCUUGGACAAAAUCAUUUUGCCUCCUACUAAAACCAUGGCUUUGGUUAUCUUUCUAGAACCUGCUAACGCUCGGGCUGCUUUCAGAGGUUUAGCAUACAAGCGGUACAAGGAUGCCCCACUAUAUUUGGAAUGGGCACCUGGUAAUAUUCUCAGUGAAACUUCAGCUGUUGGUGAUAAUGAAGUUGUUGGUGGACAUGAUGUCAAGAGAGCUUUGCUAGAGCAACAAGUCGAAGAGACUACUGAUGCAGAUGUUGACCCUGAUAGAAUUGAGUCACGCUCUUUGUAUGUUAAGAACCUGAACUUCAGAUCAUCUGAUGAGAAUUUGAAAACGCAUUUCGCGGAGCACAUGAAGGGAGGGAAUAUACUAAGUGUCAGGGUGAAGAAGCAUAUGAAGAACGGAAAAAAUGUUUCCAUGGGGUUUGGUUUCAUAGAGUUUGAUUCUAUUGAUACAGCAGUGACAGUUUGCAGGGACCUGCAGGGAACUGUAUUGGAUGGGCAUGCCCUCAUAUUACAACUCUGUCGUGCUAAAAAGGAUGCAGUAUUGCCUAAAAAAAUUGAAAAUGACAAGAGUUCUACAAAGUUGAUUGUAAGGAAUGUAGCUUUUGAGGCCACAGAAAAGGAUCUCAGACAGCUAUUCAGUCCAUUCGGACAGAUAAAGAGAUUAAGGUUGCCAAUGAGGAUUGGGAAACAUAGGGGUUUUGCAUUUAUAGAGUAUAUGACGAAACAGGAAGCUCGGAAUGCACUUGAAGCUCUUUCCAACACCCAUCUCUACGGUCGUCACUUGGUUCUGGAGAGAGCCAAGGAAGGUGAAACCUUAGAGGAAUUACGGGCUAGAACGGCUGCUCAGUUCACAGACUCCACUAACUUAUCCAAAAAAAGAAAGCAGUUGCCCGUAUUUGAUGAAGGAAAUAACGAGUUUGAAAGAAUGGUAGAUUAGAAUUUUGGGUUGUCUUUGUUGUCAACUAUUUGUAUUACAGAAAUAUUUUACAAAUUUUGAAUUGUAAAAAAAAGGACUUAUGAAAACGACAUCAACUCGAUCUAACGAGCGACUACUAACUAGUUUUAUCUCUAUUUCCGCUCAUUAUCGUUUGAGAAUUU